UGUCAUUCUGAUGAGCAGCUGUGAUGUCCAAUGACAGCCAGGGAUCAGUAAAGGGGGAGGCGGCCACCAUGGUGUCUCCCUCUGGCCCCGCCUCCUCUCAGGGACCGCCCCUUUCUCCGUCCACCACCUCCAAAACACCUGAGCUCCCAGAUGAGCUCGUCCAGGCGGGAUGGUCCAAGUGCUGGUCUCGGAGGGAGAACCGGCCGUACUACUUCAACAGAUUCACCAAUCAGAGCCUGUGGGAGGUUCCAGUUCUGGGUCAGCAUGAUGUCAUCUCUGAUCCUUUAGGUCUGAACGCGGCUCCGGCAGAGGGCGGAGACGGUAACCUUGGUAACGGUCAGAGGAAGAGGAGGAGCUCUGAGGAGCAGGGGGCGGGGCCUAACAGCUUCAAGCGUGUCAAAGUGGAGCCCAGCACGCCCAUCUCUCCCAGCACCCCCGGGGUCAAACCCUGGAGCUCCGCCCCCGAAGACAAACAGGCCCAGCCGGCCACGCCCACUACACAGAGCCCCGCCCCUGCCCCCGCCCCCUACAGGCCAGCUGUUGUGUACUGGGACCUGGACGUCCAGACCAACGCAGUGAUCAGAGAGCACCCCCCCGCCCACCACCUGCCCCCCCACCCCGAGAUCGAGCUGCAGAGGGCGCAGCUCGUCACCAAGCUGAGGCAACACUACCACGAGCUGUGCCACCAGAGGGAAGGUAUCGAUCCUCCUCGCGAGUCCUUCAACCGCUGGCUGCUGGAGAGGAAGGUCAUCGACAAAGGUCAGGACCCUCUGCUGCCCAGCGACUGUGAGCCGGUCAUUUCCCCGUCCAUGUUCAGGGAGGUGAUGAACGACAUCCCCAUCAGAUUGUCUCGUAUCAAGUACAAAGAAGAAGCUCGGAAGCUGCUGUUCAGAUACGCGGAAGCUGCCAAGAAGAUGAUUGACUCCAGGAAUGCGAGUCCUGAGAGCAGGAAGGUGGUGAAGUGGAACGCGGAGGACACUAUGAGCUGGCUGCGCCGAGACCACUCAGCGAGCAAGGAGGACUACAUGGACCGCCUGGAGCACCUGAGGCAGCAGUGUGGUCCUCAUGUAGCGGCCGUGGCCAAAGACUCUGUGGAGGGAAUCUGUUCUAAGAUCUACCAGCUGUCGUCUGAGUACAGCCGCCGCCUCAGACAGACUCACCUGAGCCUCCUGCCGGACCCGCCCCCAGAGACGUGUGCGUCGCCGCCCCCCUCCCGCCUGGUCUACUGUUACCCGGUCCGUCUCGCCAUGCCGUCGCCCCCCCUCCCCCGGGUAGAGCUCCACUUUGAGAACGACGUGGCCUGUCUCCGCUUCAGGGGCGAGAUGGUCAAAGUCAACAGAGGACACUUCAGCAAGCUGGAGCUGUUGUACAGGUACAGCUGUAUAGACGAUCCCCGCUUUGAGAAGUUCCUGUCCAGAGUCUGGUGCCUCCUGAAGAGAUACCAGGUGAUGUUUGGCAGCGGUGCUAACGAGGGGACGGGCCUGCAGGGGGCGCUGCCGGUGGCCGUGUUUGAGACCUUGAACCGUCAGUUCGGAGUUUCCUUCGAGUGUUUCGCUUCGCCGCUAAACUGCUACUUUAAACAGUUCUGCUCAGCGUUCCCCGACACGGACGGCUUCUUCGGCUCCAGAGGGCCGUUCCUGUCCUUCUGUCCCGUCAGCGGCUCGUUUGAAGCCAACCCUCCCUUCUGUGAGGAGCUGAUGGACGCCAUGGUGACGCAUUUUGAGGACUUGUUGAACCAGUCCUCAGAACCUCUGUCCUUCAUCGUUUUCGUCCCUGAGUGGCGCGACCCUGUGACGCCGGCUCUGACCCGUAUGGAGGGAAGCCGGUUCCUCCGGCACCAGAUGAACGUCCCGGCCUAUGAGCACGAGUACCGGUCCGGGAGUCAGCACCUCUGCAAGAGGGAUGAGAUGUACUACCGGGCCGUCCAUGGUACUGCAGUUCUCUUCCUCCAGAACGAGGCCGGUUUUGCGAAGUGGGGUCCGACUCCAGAGCGUCUGGCUGAGCUGACAGCAGCGUACCGGCCCGCCCUGACUCGCAGCUCCUCCCUGUCCUCCCCUGGCCCCGCCCCCGCUGGAGAGAGAGACUCCGCCCCCAAGGCUUCUGAUAGGACACAGAGUGUGGCGUCACCAGGUGGCCAUGACAACAACAACAAUAGCAGCAGCAGCAGCAGCAGCAGUAGCAGUCCUCAAGACAAGAUGGCCGCCGUCUGAACUUGGGCAGUCCUCAAGACAAGAUGGCUGCCUGAAUGGGUGUGGCUUAUCCCAACCACACCCUCCACCUGCUGGAGAGUUCACAUUUCUGUGUUUGCUGACUGUUCUUUUUGUUCAGUUUGUCCCUCACCAGCACCUGUAGCACACCCUCAGCUCAUACCCACAAUGCCCCUCUGCCAGCGGGGGUGGGGCCUGAUCCAAACCCCUCCCCUCUGCUGGUCUGAUUGGCCAUUGCACUGGAACGUUUGUUGGGCUCCACCAAUAAAAACCUUUGAUUCAACUGUUAUGUCAUGUGAUAGGCCAGCCGAGGGCUCUGAUUGGUCCCCAGGCCAGCCGAGGGCUCUGAUUGGUCCCCAGGCCAGCCGAGGGCUCUGAUUGGUCCCCGGGCCAGCCGAGGGCUCUGAUUGGUUCCCGGGCCAGCCGAGGGCUCUGAUUGGUCCCCGGGCCAGCCGAGGGCUCUGAUUGGUUCCCGGGCCAGCUGGGCAGGGUGAGCUGUUGGUAAGGCAGCUAUCGUUUCUAUUCCUACUUUGAGUCGGACUCAACCUCACUUCUGGCUCCGCCUUCUUCUCUGUAACCUUCCGCAGUGGAUUGUGGGUAAUGGAGUCAGACUGGUCAGAUGGCGGCGUGUGAUGAGCUUCAUGUUCCUUCUCAUGUAGUUUCAGCAUUUAUCAACUUUUUGAAGUCGUUUCUCUUAAUGUUUAUAAAUGUUUGGUCGUCAUUAUGUUUUAUUUGAGGUCAGAAUUUAUUUAAAGGAGCUAUGUGGCUCCUCCCACUUCCUGACUGCUGUCUCUUCUCUGAUUGGCUGAGAUGGUCCAGUCGGGUGUGACAUCAGUGUAGAUAGUGUACAGUGGGACUGUUGAUGUUGAGGCUUCUUUUUUUAUUUGACUUAAUUUAACCUUUUUAAAGAUCAGAGUGUUUUAAACUAAACCAAAGUGUUCUAAGAAGAUCUCUAUCUGUAGGACGUCUGUUUCUCUUGUGCAUGAACUUCGUCUUCACAUCUAUCAGCCGGUUUCUGUCCCAGUAUCCCAGUGUCUGUGCUAAGCUAGGCUAAUGUUGGACGCAGGAAACAGACUCCAGAAGUUUUAGUGUCUGUAUGAAAUAAUCCUAAAUUAAAGUAGGAACGUCAGGAUGGUUCUUCUCUCAUUUGUAUCUCCUCCGUUUGUCCUUCGUCCUGCAAACAGACUGCAGUAAAGAUAUAUUUAAACAACA